CGGGGCCGGGGGCCGGGAGCCGGGAGCGCGGGGCCGGGAGCCGGGAGCUGAGCGCGCCGGGCUGGGGCCGGGGCCCGAGCGGAGCGGAGAGGGAGCGCGCCCGCCCCAGCCCCGAGUCCCGCCGCCCGCCCGCCCGCCGCAGCGCCGGCCCAGCGGCCGCCGCCCCAACCAUGGAGCAAGACAACAGCCCGCGGAAGAUCCAGUUCACGGUCCCGCUGCUGGAGCCGCACCUUGACCCCGAGGCGGCGGAGCAGAUCCGGAGGCGCCGCCCCACGCCUGCCACCCUCGUGCUGACCAGCGACCAGUCCUCCCCAGAGAUAGAUGAAGACCGGAUCCCCAACCCGCUUCUCAAGCAUGGCAAGGCUCAGAAGGCGGGGGAGAAGGGCUGGCCCCCCACCUGUGCUCUGUGUCCUUCACAGUCCACGUUGGCCAUGUCUCCACGGCAACGGAAGAAGGUGACGAGGACCACACCCACGAUGAAAGAGCUCCAGAUGAUGGUUGAACAUCACCUGGGGCAACAGCAGCAGGGAGAGGAACCUGAGGGAGCCGCUGAGAGCACAGGGGCCCAGGAGCCCUGCCCACCUGGGAUCACAGACACAGAAGCGGAGUUAAGGCUGGGCACAUCUGGGAAAGCACAAAAGCCUGCAGAACCCAUCCCUAAGGCUCAGGAGAGGGGCAGUGAGAAACCCAGCACAGAGGAGCCCACAACCCAUAUACCACCACUGGAUUCCCAGGGAGCCAACUUGGUCUGAGAGUGAAGGAGGUAUCCUGGAAUGGAGACUGCAGUUGGGAAUGCAUGGACACUGGAUCUGUUUCUUAUUCUUCACUUUUAGGGAAAAUCUCUUGUUUUUAAAAAGUGAUAAAUUUGGUGUUAGGUC